GAAUAGGUGCAAGACCAACGUUCGAUUACAGAGGUCACGUGACCAAAUGUCUUCAUACUAUUCACUUUGCUGUCUUCUCUCAGCUAAUUACCCGCACAUUGCGCCUCGGUGUCCAUUCCAGAAGCAUUUGAUACGGCUACUGCAACCUUGCGAGAUGCCUCCUUCCAAUCGCCACGAGGCAAUGCUGGAGCUCGGCGCGGUCAUCCAUGGUCGUGCUGGGAACUGGAGGCAGCAGAAUUGCAGGCACGGGGAUUGGUGGCCUGUUGCCGGAUGCAGUGCAAUCAGACUGCCCGACUGGGUAUGCAAUAAGGUGGCCUGGUGGUCUCCCCGUGCCUCGCUUCUUUGUCGGGGGAGCUCGAAAUGUGGUUAUCCAAUACACCAGCCGUUACAAUACGUAAGCGAGCCUGCCCAAUUCGGAAGGUACCUUAUAGAUGUAUAAAGCCUUGUGAGCCGUCCGCAUGUCCACCUCACUACCACUCACGAACCUCCUUUGCUAACCCCUACUCUCUUACAAUGCCUCUCUUCCACCCUACUAUCGCCGCCAUAUGCAUUUACAUUGGCGUGGCAAGCGCAAGUUUGAUCUGCCCAACUAAUGUCAACUUCAAACUCGAGGCCGCGGGGAAGUUUCUCACGCCGGGUUCCCCCUGCGGGCAAUAUGGCUGCUAUGCCUUCUUCAGCGUUGAUAUCACUACCGGCUUCGAAUAUACCAUCGCCGAAGGCACAACCAGCCUUAUGAUCGCCCAAGUGCCUGCGGGUUCGCAAACGCCAGCAGGGUUGUAUGUCGACGCCCACGACUACGUUGGGGACCAGGUGCUCGCAAUCUCGUUUCAACAUGGCCCGCCAGUCAACAUGAAUUGCACUAUUGUGCCCACUGUGAGCCUCGAUGGAUUAUCGUGCAAUCUAGAGUGUCAGGGGAGAUUCAACGACGGUGCCACUUCGGAUGGGCAGAGUAUCGACCCGAAGGAUUCGAAUCUGUGGUUCUUGGGGGGCUCGAAGCAUGACACGAAGGUCACGGUCCAGGUGGUGUACACGUGAGGGAGGGCUUGGGCUGGAUUUAGCAUACUGGUUGGUGAUGAUGUUGAAGGGGAACGGUGCAGCUGGAGCAGUCAUCGUACAUACACUCAAUGACAUUGACUUUCCGGUUCCAAUGCCCUGCUCAAUCGUAAUGCCGGUUCAAUGCUCUCAUCACGGUUUGCUGAUACGGCUGGGGUACCU